AUGGUCCACUUCUUGCACCCGGGCCUUUCGCCCCGGAACAUCGUCCCUCCAGACGUUCAGGAUACCCUGGGUUGCUGCGUGGUGCAGGAGGAGGCAUCUCCCUACUCUUUGGUCAACCUCUGCCUGAAUGUUCUGAUUGCUAACCUGGAGAAAUUGUGUUCUGAAAGACCUGAUGGAACACUGUGCCUUCCUGAGCACUGGAAUUUCCCUCAGGAAGUAGCUGAUCGAUUCCUUGGGGUGAUGACUUGGCAAGGCAAACUGACUGAUAGAACUGCAAGCAUUUUCCAAGGCAACCAAAUGAAAUUGAAGCUGGUCAAAAUCCAAAAAGCUAAAAUCUCUACAGCUGCAUUCAUAAAAGCCUUCUGCCAUCAUAAGCUCAUUGAGCUGGAUGCUACUGCAGUGCAUGCUGACCUCCCAAUCCCAGACAUCAUAAGUGGACUCUGCCGCAAUAGCUGGAUCCAACAAAACCUCCGGUGUCUCCUGUUAGACUCAACAAGCAUCCCUCAACAUUCAAGACUAUUCUUUAGUCAGCUCACUGGUCUCCGCAUUUUAAGUGUUUUCAAUGUUUGUUUUCAUAGUGAAGACCUGGCCAAUGUUUCUCAGUUACCAAGUCUGGAAAGCUUGGAUAUCUCCAAUACUCUGGUCACUAACAUCUCUGCACUCCUUAACUGUAAGGAUAGACUCAAGUCUCUCACAAUGCACUAUCUGAAAUGCCUGACAAUGACCAAACCACAAAUACUUAAAGUCAUUAGAGAACUUAAAUGUCUGCUUCACCUUGAUAUUUCUGAUCACAGGCAACUCAAAUCAGACCUAGCUUUUCAUUUGCUACAGCAGAAGGAUAUCCUGCCUAAUAUUGUGUCACUGGAUAUUUCUGGGGGCAGUUGCAUUACUGAUGGAGCUGUAGAACUGUUUAUACAGCAGCGGCCUGCAGUGCAAUUUGUGGGACUAUUGGCUACGGAUGCUGGUUAUUCUGACUUCUUUACUACAAAGCAAGGCUUGAGGCUUGUGGCUGUAGGAAUGAGGAAUCAUCCAUUGGACUUGCCUGUGCAGUUCACAGCUAGUGCUUGUGCCCUCAACUUAACACGCCAAGGCCUGGCUAGGGGGAUGCCUGUUCGUCUGUUGUCAGAGGUCACCUGUCUACUUUUCAAGGCUCUGAAAAAUUUCCCCCAUUAUCAGCAGUUACAGAAGAAUUGUCUUCUCUCCUUAACCAAUUCCAGGAUUCUUGUGGAUGUUCCAUUUGACAGGUUUGAUGCUGCCAAGUUUGUUAUGAGAUGGCUCUGUAAGCCUGAGAACCCUAAGAUGCAAACAAUGGCAGUAAGCAUCACUUCUAUUCUAGCCCUGCAGCUUUCACCUGAGCAAAAUGCUCAACUUAAAGAAGAGCUCUUCAUGGCAGUCAAGGAACUUCUAGCAAUAGUAAAACAAAAGACUACUGAGAAUUUAGAUGAUGUCACCCUCUUGUUUACUUUGAAAGCACUUUGGAAUCUUACAGAUGAGUCUCCAGCUGCUUGCAAGCAUUUUAUUGAAAAUCAAGGAUUGGCAAUCUUCAUCCAAGUCUUGGAGACUUUUUCAGACUCAGCAAUACAAAGCAAAGUACUUGGUCUUUUGCUUGCAACUAUCCAGAAUUGGCCAAGUUCAAGUUGUAAGAUGACAGCAUUGGUGACUUACAGAUCCUUCAAGGCAUUUUUCCCGCUCCUUGGUAACUUCUCUCAACCAGAGGUUCAGCUGUGGGCACUAUGGGCUAUGUAUCAUGUCUGCAGUAAAAACCCCAGCAAAUACUGCAAAAUGUUAGUUGAAGAAGAAGGAUUGCAGCUUUUGUGUGAUAUCCAGGAGCACAAGGAGGCAAACCCCCAAGCACAGCAGAUUGCAGCCUCCAUUCUAGAUGACUUCAGAAUGCAUUUCAUGAAUUAUCAGAGGCCCCCUCUGUGUUGA